UUGAAGAUUUCUCCAUUAUUUUUCUCAGAGGUAGAUGUUGAAAGUGGAUCAAAGGAGGGAACCACUCGUACUUUGGAACCUUCCUGUUGGACUUAUUGCAGGUGUUGUUGGGAAGACGAAGGGCAUGCAGCAGUAUCUCCCGAAGCUUACUGGAACAUGGUUUUGCAAAACACUCCCAUGCCUAGGACUCUCAAGAAGCUUCUACCCUCAGAAGGCAAUGUUGUUGCUGGCCAAGGACGCGACUAUCCAAUAAGGCCGCCUUGGGAUCUGUACUAUGACAGUAGCUAUACUGGUAAUGGGUAUGAACAACCAGCACACUACGGCUCAACUUUUUUUUUGGAAGAGGACAUCAAACAAGGCACAAAGAUGAAAUUAAACUUCACGAUAACACAAACAAAUGGAGUUACUUUCUUACCCAGACAAGUUGCUCAGAUGAUUCCUUUUUCCUCAAACAAAUUUCUCGAAAUUCUGAACCGGUUUUUGAUAAAACCCAAUUCAGUUGAAGCUGAGAUUAUCAAGGAAACAAUCAAACGCUGUGAGAGAUCUAGCUUUCAAGGAGAGCAGAAAUAUUGUGCAACUUCAUUAGAGUCCAUGAUCGAUUUCUGCACUUCCAUGUUCGGAAAAAAUAUCCAGGCAUUCUCUACUGAGUUAGAAAAAUUGCAGGAGUAUCGUAUUUCAGGAUUCAAAAAGAUUGGAAGGGGGGGACGAGAUGACCCAGCAGUGUGUCAUAUGCAAAAUUACCCGUAUGCGGUCUUUUAUUGCCACAAUAUUCGCUCCACCGAGACAUAUAUGCUUUCGUUGGAAGGUGCAGAUGGGGCUAAAGCAAAAGGUGCAGUGGUGUGUCAUAAAAAUACGUCGGCAUGGAAUCCCAAGCACUUGGCCUUUCAAAUUCUCAAGGUUAAACCAGGAACUGUUCCUAUUUGCCAUGCUCUUCGUCAAGAUAAUAUUGUCUGGCUUCCUAACUAAAUCUCUAAAAUAUAUAUAAUCGAUGCCUAUUAGUUAAAAUCAUAUAGUUUGUUUGGUAUUAAUUAAGAGAAUAUUUAUAUAUGGUUGUGAAUGUAGUUUGCAAUGUAAUUUAAACAAACAUUAGUUUGGUUUUAA